AUUUCAAUUUCAAUUUAGCAUUUUAAUUUCAUUCCCAAAGAAAAACAGAGACAUGGAGGUUGAGCUCAAACAGUUACUUGCCGAUCUUCAAUCUCUCAACCAAUCGCUUCUCGAUCCAUCUCUCCAUGCUUCGCUCCAUAAGAUUCAAUCGCGCGUUGAGCAUCUUGCUGAUGUUGCUAAGGCUGAACCUGUUCGUCGCUCCAAAGUUAAGGAUAUGAGUGCUGAGGUUGUAGAUAGCAAUCCGUACAGUAGGCUGAUGGCGCUUCAGAGAAUGGGUAUUGUGGAGAACUAUGAACGAAUAAGGGAUUUCUCCAUUGCCAUAGUUGGAAUAGGUGGUGUUGGAAGUGUUGCUGCUGAGAUGCUAACUAGAUGUGGUAUAGGUCGACUUUUGUUGUAUGAUUAUGACAAAGUGGAGCUUGCAAACAUGAAUAGGUUAUUCUUUCGUCCAGAUCAGGUUGGUAUGACAAAGACAGAUGCAGCUGUACAAACUCUUUCAGAUAUAAACCCUGAUGUUGUGCUUGAGAGCUAUACACUGAAUAUCACCACAGUUGAAGGUUUUGAAACCUUUAUGUCAUCUUUGAAAAAUAAGUCAUUUUGCCCCAGUAAACAAGGUAGUGGUGUGGAUCUUGUCCUAAGCUGUGUAGAUAAUUAUGAAGCAAGAAUGGCUGUUAACCAGGCUUGUAAUGAACUGAGCCAGACAUGGCUGGAGUCAGGUGUUUCUGAGGAUGCUGUUUCUGGUCAUAUUCAGUUACUUAUUCCUGGUGAAACUGCCUGUUUUGCAUGUGCACCUCCUCUGGUUGUAGCAUCUGGGAUAGAUGAACGCACACUUAAGCGUGAAGGGGUUUGUGCUGCAUCUUUACCAACCACCAUGGGGGUUGUUGCUGGGCUUCUAGUCCAAAAUACACUAAAAUUCUUGUUAGGUUUUGGUCAAGUCUCUCCGUAUUUGGGAUAUAACUCUCUUAAGGAUUUUUUCCCAACUAUGCAAAUGAAGCCAAACCCUCAAUGUUCAAAUAUAGCUUGCUUAAAAAGACAGGAAGAGUAUAUUCUUGCAAAGCCGGCAAGAGAUGCUGCAGCAAAAACAAAAAUGGAAGCUGAAGCACUAUCAAUUGAUGAAGGCCCACUUCACGAUGAUAAUGAAUGGAAUAUAAGUGUUGUUGAUGAUUGUGAGUUGGAUGGUCGUGAUACCAGAAGUUCAGAUGUCCUGCCUGAAGGUCUUACUCAUGAGCUUCCCAGUGCGGAUGAAUUUCAGAACCUAGCUACUCCUGAAGCUCCAAUCAGUGACAAUGAUGACCUUGACAAUCUCCGAAGGCAACUUGAAGCCAUUAAUUCUGCGUAGUGUAGGCUAUAGUUUUUUCUAGUUUAAACCCUUUUUGGGUUUUAAUUGUUCAGGCAAGCUGGUUUGACUUAAAAAUUGAGAUUAAUCUCUUUCGCUUGACAAUUUUGCUAAUUUUGUUUAGUUUGUUGCUUUGAAUUAUAUAUCAUGUAUCAUUCAGAAUGCUGUUCAUAUACAUCCCAUCGGGAGAACUUUUGUAGCACGAGAGUUGCUCAAUGUGUUAAAAUUA